GCACUUGGUUUGUCCCACACGAGUUCCUUGGUUUUUGCGCAUGUCUAGUUUGCUGGUGUGACCGAAGUUGCUCUUCCGUUGACAGGGUGCUGUCACACGGACACCAUGCUAUCCCAUUCCCGGUGUCUCACUAGAAAUUUUGGCCGUUCCCUCUCUGCUAUCCGCCAGGGGAAUAAUGUGUUAGCUCGUCGGGCCACGGCAGUUCUAUCAGCUAGCCAUUCUAUCACACUCAACAACAAUUUAAAAUCUGAUCCGUGGCCCAGUGUCUUCCAAAUUCAGUACUUCAGGACAUCUGUAGCCUACAGAAAUGAAGUUGUCACAGUCAAGACCCCAGCUUUUGCAGAAUCUGUCACAGAGGGAGAUGUAAGGUGGGAUAAAGCUGUUGGAGACACAGUCUCGGAGGAUGAGGUGGUGUGCGAAAUUGAAACCGAUAAGACAUCGGUGCAGGUUCCUUCUCCUGCUGCUGGAGUGAUUGAGGAGCUUUUGGUCCCUGAUGGAGGGAAGGUUGAGGGAGGAACACCCCUCUUCAAGCUUAGAAAAGGAGCAGGUGCUCUAAAAGCUGCAGAAGCUCCAAAAACCGAGGCUCCGGCUGCUGCGGCCCCUCCACCGCCUUCUGCUGCUCCACCUCCCCCUCCCUCUCCUCCACCCUCAGCUGUGGGCCCCAUUCCCACCACUAUGCCCCCAGUGCCACCUGUGCCAGCACAUGCUAUGGACACCAAACCAGUUUCAGCCAUCAAGCCCACUGCUGCUCCAGUUACAACAGGGGCCCAAGUAGAGGGAGGUGCUAAAGCAGCCAGAACAGAGAGCAGGGUUAAGAUGAACCGCAUGAGACUGAGAAUUGCCCAGAGACUGAAGGAAGCGCAAAACACCUGCGCUAUGUUGACUACAUUUAAUGAGGUCGACAUGAGCAACAUUUCAGAGAUGAGGAAGACGUACAAAGAUGUCUUCUUGAAAAAGCACAACAUCAAACUGGGUUUCAUGUCGGCGUUUGUGAAGGCUGCUGCCUACGCCUUGGCUGACCAACCUGCUGUCAAUGCUGUAAUUGAUGAUACAACCAAAGAGAUUGUCUACAGGGACUACGUUGACAUCAGUGUGGCUGUGGCUACGCCAAAGGGUCUGGUAGUUCCUGUAAUCCGAAACGUAGAAGGAAUGAACUUUGCAGAGAUUGAGAAAGCCAUCAAUUUGUUGGGAGAAAAGGCCCGUAAGAAUGAGCUGGCUGUUGAGGACAUGGAUGGAGGAACUUUCACUAUCAGCAACGGAGGCGUGUUUGGGUCCAUGUUUGGCACACCUAUCAUCAAUCCACCACAGUCUGCUAUCUUAGGCAUGCAUGGCAUCUUUGACAGGCCUGUUGCAGUCGGUGGCAAGGUGGAGAUCCGUCCCAUGAUGUAUGUUGCCCUGACCUACGAUCAUCGUCUGAUUGAUGGAAGAGAGGCUGUCACUUUCCUGCGCAAGAUCAAGUCAGUGGUGGAGGACCCCAGGGUGGUGCUCCUAGACAUGUGAACUUUAGACCCAACCAAAUUCCACUAUACAAACAAGAACAUUAAAACAAGAACAUUACAGUAACUGCAGCUGAAGUUUGUUUUUUUUUUUUUUAAAGAAAGGUUUGGAGCUGUUAUGGAUAAAUGUCAGGGUCUGCGGCUUCUUGGUGCUGGUCUGUAGCUCAGUCAGUGUUCUCCGACUUGUGCCCCAUAUGCCAUUUCAACUUACGAGAUGAAUGGCAAAUAAUAGAUAAAACUGUAUAAUAAUCACAUUUUGGUUUAGAAGAGAACAAUGAAACCAACCAACACUGUUUUAAAAUGUCCAAAGUGAUGAAAUCUUCAGAGGAGUUAUGCCAUCUCUUUUACAAAAAGGGAGACAUGUCUUUAUGCUGUGUAAGACUAUUUAAGAAAAAAGUUUUAAACAAUAAAGGCUGCAUUAUUCGA